UCACACAAGCAAAUAAAGCAUUCUACUUCCUUUCCUUUCCAAUUGUAAACCUAAUUAAUUAGUCUGUUUUUCAACAAAAUUUCCGGCGACCUAAUGGCAAAAGCGGCGAGCAUGGUGGUGAUGUCCAUGGUGGUGGCGGCGGCGAUGGUGGCUGGGCUGCAUGCACAGUCGAUCUCGUGCAGCACAGUGGGAACCGACUUGUACCCGUGCCUGGACUACGUGGAGAACGGCGGCGCGGUUCCGAUGGACUGCUGCGAAGGGAUCAGGUCCCUCUACAAAUCCGCCGCCACCACCGCCGACCGCCAGAUGGUUUGCAACUGCAUGAAGAACGCCGCCAGCUCUGUCCCCGGCUUGAAUCUCGACCUGGCCGCCGGCCUCCCCCAAAAAUGUGGCGUUUCCAUUCCCUACCAGAUCUCCCCAUCCGUUAACUGCGCAACGGUGCAGUAAGCAUGAGAAGACGAUAAAUGCUGCAUCAUGGAGUUAAAAUAAGAGGAAAAACGAAGAUUAUAUAUCCAGCUAUGGCGUACAGACUCCUUGAGUGCAGCAGCUCUUGUUAUAUAUAUAUUGUCGUUCGCCGCCGUCGUGUUUAGGAUUUCCGGCCGGUGGCGUUUAGGUUUCUGUUUGUGUUUUUUUUUUUUCUGUCGUACUGUCUGCUAGUGUACUCAAUACGUGGUUUCUAGAAAUAUGAAUGGAGGGAGUCGUGUUUGUUUUACUA